GAGUUCCCACGUAAGAUGUUAUUUGUACUUCCCAUUUUCACACUCACACCCUUGGUACUAUUUAUUUAUAUAACACCAAAUUUUUGAUUGAUUUCGCGAACCCAUAAAUUCUCUACUGUGGAACCUUCUUCCUCUUUUUACUCUCUACAAUAAAACAGAAAAAACAACAACAAAAAAAACAUUAUCCCCUUGUGUUGGGUUAGUUUUACACGACACAAACAAAAUUAACAUAAUUUCUGUCAUGUCAGUUGCUUCUCUUUGCACCCUACCAACCCCCCUUAUUCCCUUCUCCAAACCUCACAACUCCGUACCUCGCUUUUCUUCUUCUCAAACCAAAAAACGAUGUCGUCUAAUCAGGUUCGUUGCAGAGGAUAGGGAAACACUUCCGGUGGUGUCAAAAGACACAAAUGUCCUUGACACUUCUUCGCCUUCCAAGGAUAACACAGAGGUUGUUCGUGAUACUGAUGAUGAUAUCCUCAUCAGCCGUGCCAUCAAUGCCACCAUUGUUCUUGGAUUUGGGGCUUUUGCUGUUACCAAAUUGCUCACCAUUGAUCAUGAUUACUGGCAUGGUUGGACACUUUAUGAGAUACUGAGGUAUGUGCCUGAACACAACUGGAUUGCCUAUGAGCAAUCUCUGAAAGCAAAUCCAGUUUUAGCUAAAAUGGCAAUAAGUGGAGUUGUAUACUCAAUUGGAGAUUGGAUUGCUCAGUGUUAUGAAGGAAAGCCUAUUUUUGAGUUUGAUCGGGCGCGGCUAUUCAGAUCAGGUCUUGUUGGUUUUACUCUCCAUGGAUCUCUUUCUCACUAUUACUACCAACUAUGUGAGACUCUUUUUCCUUUCCAACAAUGGUGGGUUGUCCCUGCUAAAGUUGCUUUUGAUCAAACUGUGUGGUCAGCUAUUUGGAACAGCAUCUACUUUGUGGUUUUGGGUUUGUUGCGUUUCGACUCUUUGCCUAACAUAUAUGGUGAACUCAAGUCAACAUUUGUGCCCAUGCUUACCGCAGGUUGGAAGCUUUGGCCUUUUGCACAUCUGAUUACUUAUGGCGUGGUUCCUGUUGAACAAAGGCUUCUUUGGGUGGACUGUAUUGAGCUCAUUUGGGUCACAAUACUUUCAACAUAUUCAAAUGAGAAAUCAGAAUCUCGAAAAUCUGAGGAAGUGUCAGAAACAGGGUCAUCUACUUCAAGCCAGAAUUCUAAGGAAUAAAACAAGUAAAAGUAUGGGGAAAAAACUAUAUAGGUUCAUGGAAGUUACAAGAGUCAUCAACCUUGGAAAAGCAUUUGAUGGCUUGGCUUAAAAUUUGAAGAAUCUCAAUUGAAGGUCCAAUGCAAAUACUGAAUAACCAUAGAAAACAAUGAUGAGAAUUAUACAGAUAUACAAUUAUACUGGUUGUGCAUCCUUCAGCAAUGAACUAUUAAGGUUGAAGUGAUAUGAUAUGAUAUGAGGCAUAGAUUAUUGUGUAUAGGUAAACACAUUAAAGAAAGUUAAAUUAUGUUGUUAUACACAUAACACAUAUACAAUUCAUGUAAUCAAUAUAUACUUACACAUUAUUUUUAUAGUUUUAUUA